UUGAAAUAAAGCCGGUGAUCGUUAGCCUUCUCACCCAUUCACAAAUCACAACCAGAGAAAGAAAGAAGUAGACGCAUCAACAAAGAUUCUCUCAUUAUUUUCAACACCAGACGGCUUAUCCUCCUCUGCAACGGUUCUUAGCUCAUCCCCUUCUCAUUCUCACAGGUCUGAUUCUUUCUCUAUCUGAUUUGUUGAUACAAUAUAUAAACGACAACACCCAAUUCGUUGCUGAAAAACCCAACUGCCCAUUUAGCUCAAAUCUUUUCUUCCUCAACUUUUGGACCCAGUUGAGGUAAAGCCCUGUUCUUUGUUCUCUGCCAAUUGAGAAACCCAAGGCCUAAGAUUUAGACCCUUUUUGUAUAGUUUGUUGGAAGUUUGAAUCAAAAAUCAAAAUUGGGUCUUUGAGAUUGGUGUCCUCGAUGGACCUGGAAUUGGCGAAAAGGGGUUUUGAUUAUGCCCGGAAAAGGAAGAAGUGGCUGUUUGUAAUGGCUGCUUUGGGCUUCUCUGGUUAUGGUGCUUAUAGGGUUUAUCACUUGCCUUCAGUAUGUCAAAAAAGAAAGAGGCUUUUGAAGCUUUUAGGGGCUUUAGUUUCUGUAGCUGAAGUAGUUUCAGACUCUGCUGAGUCGAUUGGAGUUGUGUCUAAAGAUUUGAAGGAGUUUCUGCAAUCUGAUUCUGAUGAAAUUCCGAAUAGCUUGAAGCAAGUUUCGAAAAUAGCUAGGUCGGAUGAGUUUUCGGGUUCUGUUGUUAAGGUCACACAAGCUGUAACAUUGGGAGUUUUGAGGGGUUAUCAAGCACAAGCCAAGAGUCAGGGUCAUGGUGAUGAUGGAGUUUCUGAUAAUUCAGGCUUUAUGGAUCAAGUUAUGGAUAAGCUUUUUACCAAGGCAGGGUCUGGUUUUGCAUCUGUUGUUGUUGGAAGCUUUGCUAAGAAUUUGGUAUUAGCUUUCUUUGAUGAGCAGUCUGGUGGAGGAUCAAAUUCGAAUAGUUUUCCAAGUAAGGAUCAAUUUGGUAUGAAGAUGAAUGAUGUUCCAAGAUGGGUUUAUGUGGCUUGUAGCGAAAAGUGCAGAGACCUAAUUGCUGAUUGUAUCCAGUUAUUUGUGAGCACUGCUGUUGCGGUUUAUCUUGACAAGACUAUGGACAUCAACACCUAUGAUGAUAUCUUCUCUGGGUUAACCAACCCCAAUCAUGAAGCAAAAGUAAAAGAUAUGUUGUUAUCAGUCUGUAAUGGUGCGGUUGAAACUCUUGUUAGAUCAUCUCAUCAAGUGUUAACAAGUUCAAAAUCCAAUGUGAACCAUCCGAAUUUGAGUUCAAGUUCUCAUUUGGCUAUUGAUGAUGGGAGAAAAGACAGUGGGUGGAUCGGUCAAGUAUCCUCUACUUUGGCAGUUCCAAGCAAUAGAAGUUUUGUUCUUGACUUGACUGGACGGGUUACAUCUGAAACAGUUAGAUCAUCCUUGGAUUUUUUGUUGGAGAGACUAUUUGAUGGGAUGCGGAGGCGUGUUAAUUCUGCUCGUGUGGAAACUGUUGACAGGGGUGUUGAGGUUGUGAGGUAUGCUGUUGCAAAGUCUUCUGUUAUCGCCACUAUAUGUCUUUCUUUGUGUUUACACGUAAUUGAUAGUCCAUGGCUAUUGGCGCCGACUUAGCUUGUUAAGUACAUUCUCAUUCGUUAAGUCCAUGACCAUGUAUACGAAAAUUCUUUUGUGCAACUGCCUGUUUGUUGCCUGCCCGUGUAUAUUUCAUCUGAAUCCACAAUUCAUUGAGGAACAGAAGAAGUUGAAUGAUACGAGAGUGCUGCUUAAGACUGAAGGUGCUCUUAAACUUGCAUGCAUCCAACCUUCAUCGCAUGCUGGUCCCCAUUACAUGAUGGCAAAGCGUGCGAGAUAAAAUGUUCCAGACUUUGUGAAGAAAGAAACUUCAUUGUUCAUUGGGCAAUUGUGUCCAGAUAUAGUCCUGUUUUAUCAGCUGAAUGAUCCUGUAUACCUGAAGUUGGAAAAUUUAAAACUUAAAUACUUCUAUUGGUUGUGAACCUGCACCUAUUACACCAUGUACAUAUCACUAUAGUAUUUAAUAUCUUCUCCAAUAUAUCCUUAAAACUGA